UUGAAGAGGCUACUGAUGCCUGCCCCGCGCCCUCUAACGGCCGCUGUGUAGCCGCUCCAUGCGCGUGCCUGCGCAUGGGGGAUACGGGGGAAGGGGUUGGUGACACAAGCCCGACCCCUCCGACUCUUACUGUUACUCGCCGCGUUUUGCUCCCUGCUGCCGCCCCUCCCCUUGGCCCGGUGCCAGCCCCUCCUCCCGGCCAGUGUGUCCCGCUGGCCGCCCCGGAGCCCGGUGUAUGUGCGGCAACAACAUGUCCGCGCCGCUCCCCGCCAUCGUCCCGGCCGCCAGGAAGGCAACCGCCGCGGUCAUAUUUCUUCAUGGAUUGGGAGAUACUGGACAUGGCUGGGCAGAAGCAUUUGCAGGUAUCAGAAGUCCACAUGUAAAAUAUAUUUGCCCACAUGCGCCAGUUAUGCCAGUUUCUCUGAACAUGAAUAUGGCCAUGCCAUCUUGGUUUGAUAUUAUUGGACUCUCUCCAGACGCACAGGAAGAUGAAGCUGGGAUCAAGCAGGCAGCAGAGCAUGUUAAAGUACUGAUAGAUCAGGAAGUGAAGAAUGGAAUUCCUUCUAACAGAAUAAUUUUGGGAGGCUUUUCUCAGGGAGGUGCCUUGUCAUUGUAUUCAGCUCUUACAACACAUCAGAAAUUAGCAGGAGUCAUAGCACUCAGUAGUUGGCUUCCACUACGGACCUCUUUUCCACAGGGUGCUAUCAGUGGUGUAAACAAAGAUAUUCCUAUUCUUCAGUGCCAUGGGGACUGUGACCCUUUGGUUCCUCUGAUGUUUGGUUCCCUCACUUUUGAGAAGCUAAAGAGUCUGAUAAAUCCAGUCACUGUAACCUUCAAGACUUAUUCGGGCAUGAUGCAUAGCUCAUGUAUUGAGGAGAUGAUGGAUGUAAAGCAGUUCGUUGACAAACACCUACCGCCAGUUGAUUGACAAGAUUUGAGAUGCCUUCUGUAUAAAAACACCAGCAUCAACUUUGGUAGAAUGUGUUAAUCUUUUCACAUGCCCAGUUCAAAAGCAUUAUUUCUACACCUAUUGUGUUGCAAAUGUAUACCAAGUACAAGGACUAAGUAGUAUAUUUCACAAGAAACAGUAAUCUUUCAAGUAAAUCAUACACUGGUGGGAUUAUAGGGAAUGAGACAGCUAGAUAGUGUGUCAGAAUGUAUCUGAGAAUACAAUUUUAAGAUGUUUUUUAUUUGAUUGCACCAUUUUUAAAGCAGUCAUAUGGCUAAUUAAACUCAUUUUGGUUAAAUGAGCUGUUUAAACAUGACCAGAUUGGUAUGCUUGGGAUAUGAUGUAUUUCUAAUACUUGUUGAAAGUAUAUUAAGAUAUCCUGAUAUAUAUAUCUUGUACAUAAAAUAUGCAACAUGUAAAACACAAGAGGCAUGUGAUGGGGGAAUGAGUAUUAGUGAGGAUAAAGCUUUAAAUGUUAAUGGUUUAAACAUUGCUACUGCAUGUGAAAAGGGUGGUUCUCUUAUCUACAAAUGAAUACAUAUCAAUAAGACUAGUUAUAGCAUUUAUUCCAGUGUAGUUUUUAACCUUAGAAAUAGUGUCAGGAAAGAAAACACUUGCUAUCUCAUACACCCUCUCCCUCCAAAAAUGGGUUGGCAUCACAGAAACUAAGGGGACUCAGCUGUUUGUCACUAGACCUGUGUUUUCCACUCAUCACAAUUUGGUGGUAGCUCACGUUUAUUAGUGUAAAUUGAUCUCAGAUGCCGACUCAUGAAACUGAGGUUUAAAAAAAAAAAUACAUAAAACAUUUCCAUUUUAAAAUUCUUGUUUUCAUGUUGCAUAUUUUUCCCACACUGGAACCCUCAUGGGUUUUGUCUUGUGUAGCUUGCUAAAUUUUUUUAGAAAUAUUGACAAUGUAUUUUACAUGGGCAAUUCAAGUGUCUUGUUUUAUUUUUCUGCUUUGCUCCAGAAUAAUCAACUGGAAAAGCAAUGCAGAUAUUGCACACAAAUUAUGGGUAUUGUUGCAGACUCAUCUACAACACUGGUAUUAACUACUUUUUAUUUCCUAAGUGCUGCAGUAUGAAUGUAAUAUGGAAUUGUAAUAACUUAGUCAUUAUAGUGAGAAACUGCCAACUGUUUUUUCUUUACUUUGAUUGCAUGUUCAUCAUGGGAUGUCAGCUUCUGUCUAAAAAGAAAAUAUGACAUGUAUGACUUUCCACACAUGCCCUAGAAUAUUCUAGGAAUAUGAAAAUGGGUCCUGUCAAACCUUUGAAACAGAAGGACUUCUAUAUCUCAUGGAAGUUGCAAUUUUGAGAAUUCAUGGUAUAAUAGAAACUGAUGAUACAAGUUCAGCAAUAGAAUAACUAUGCUGAAAUGGUGUCCCGCAAAUAGAAAACUAGAGAUGAAAGAGAUAAUUUUGGCAGAAAGAUGAAAUGGAUGAUCAAUAUAGGAUUCCUUCCUAACUUACUUUAUAGUAUUUUGUUCAAUCAAGUUUUAAGUGUCUGAUGUUGUGGGGUACCUAAUACAUCUUAUUUUGGGAAAUUAUUUCCAGAUAGCCUGAAUUUUCCUUUUAAUUUCAUCCCAUCACCCCAGUAACUACAUACUUCUCAGCAUAUCAAACUAAAUAGGAUAUUUCUCCAUUUAAUGUUUGCACACUUCAGCUAUUUGGAGACUCUCAUGCCCCCUUCUUAGCCAAUAUAUACAUAUAUUUUAACUUUAAUGCUUGCUCAUAAGUCACUCUUCCUCCCCCAACUAUUCUUCUCUAGACAUCCUCCAAUUCAUCUUUCUGGUAGUGUGGUGCCCAGAAGAGUACAAUAUUCCUGUUUUGGUCUCCCCCAAAUUGUAAUAUUGUACUUCCUAGCUCAGAAACAUGAUCCCAAAACUGCAUUUGCUCCUUUUACAAUCGUUUCACAUUGCAAACUCAUAUUUAGCUUGCUUACCACUGUAAUCCCUAGUUCUUCCAUUAUUCCUGCUUCUUGACCCUUUCUCUGUCAUGUGUGUUGAAUGAUUUCUUCUCAGUAUAAACUUGUCUCUUCCAAAAUUGUCUGUGCACAUUUCUAAUCUCCAAGUCCUUUCCUGUUAUUUCCUGUACCACUUGCAGUGCCUCUGGUUUAGUAGCUGUUAACUUCAUUAACAAAGAUAUUAAAAUUAGACUAGUUUUAGCUCUGUUCCCUGUUGUAUCCCACAGUGUUUUCCCCAACUUUAUACAUUACGGUCCACUGUUAACUUUUGUUUACAAUGUGUAGCCAGUUUGUUGUCCUCAAGUGUACAAGUCAGCUUGAAUUAAUUUUCCAUUAAAACACAUUGUCACUA